AUGGUUUGGGAGAGAAGGGGUGGUUUCAAGAGGCUGGGAAGUUCAAGAUCAAGGUGUCAGCAGAUUUGGUGUCUGCAACAGAGCUUCUCAAACUUUCACAUUUAUAUGAAUAACCCCAGUCACCAGGGGAUCUUGUUAAAAAUGCAUCUUCUGAUUUGUAUCAUCCUGCCAAGCGACCUCCUGCCUGACAUGGUGCCCCAGUGUCAGGGUGGAAAUGGGCGGCGCCUUGUCCGUGUUCAUGAGGCCGUGCUCAUGUCUGUUGGAGUGUACCACAUCCUGUCCACCUCCCCUGACUUUGGCCCAAGGGCUUGUUCCGUCGUCUCUCUUUCUGACUGCAGAGUCUCUCUGGAUAACUCUCUUUCCCUCUUCCAUGCUUCCUCACCAUUCUUAGACUGCAGAAAACUAGGUGGGGUGUCUAAGCUCCUGCCCCAAGUCUGUGUUACUCUCAGCUGUGUGGAAAGCAUUUUGCGUCUCUCCACACCACACUGA